UGCUUUAAUGUCUAUAUUAAUAGGCUAUAUUAAUUAAACUCUUCAGCCCAUCAACAAGACCUAGACAAGAAAACAAGACCAGGAAAAUGACUACAAGAGCAUCGUGCCUGAAGUCUUAGUCGGACUUUAGUUUCAGUUUAGUCAAUUUUUAACAUCUAAACCGGUCUGUUGAACUGAAACUGAACAUUUGUGCUCUGAUGAUGCUGGUAGCCACUUUGAUAAAUCUAGUUUAGGGUUAUGUAUGUACAUGCUUUUUUGUCAGCAUGUACAUACAUGCUUUAUCACGUCUGCCUGCAGCCAUUCAUUGUCGAUGUAGAUUAGCGGGCUCGAGGUUCGUGUGCACAGAAGUCUCAGAAUGAUCUAAUCUUUGCGUUUUUCGCUGAUUUAAAUAGAGUUCGGAUAAGAUCGGAAGAAGCACGAACUGGAAUCGAGCAGCUCGUCCACACCGCUGUGUCACAGCUCUAUCAGGGGAUUGCAAGCGCUGGCCUUCAUGCGUUUUUUUUUCUCAGAGUAUGCUAUUUCCGAUACGAUACUUUCUAUUCAGAAACUUCCGUCUUCUUAGCAGACUCAUAUGUUGCCUAAACCUCUGGAGCUGAACUCGUUGCCACCAUAUUCGACAAAGAACUUUUUUUUUUUUUAUCCAGAGCUCUUAAAAGCGAUCAGAUGAAGUCAAGCACAAAUGGUUCGUCGCUGUGUCGUCUGGGUGUAGUUGUGACACUGGCAGGUGUCAUCACUAUGAGCAUCAUGUUUUCCAUGCUCAAACCUUUACAAAAAUGUCCACUGCCACCUCCUAAACCCAAAGUAAACUCAGUACAAAAAUGUACAAAUAGCAACAACUCUGCUAAAAGCAGCAACUCUGUCAAAAGCAACUCUGUGACUGAAAAAGCAGAGGAGAAACCUAUAGUUCUGUUAUGGGUGUGGCCUGAAAAUUAUAGGUUUGAUUUCAGUGACUGUAAAAAGUUUUAUAAUAUUGAUAAUUGUCAUCUGACGGAUGAUAGAGCUCUCUACAACGAUGCAGAUGAUGUCAUCGUUUAUCAUAGAAACAUCCAAUGGGAUCUCUCCAACCUUCCUCCAUCUCCUCGUCCUCCGUUCCAAAGGUGGCUUUGGUUGCAUCUAGAAUCACCAACCAACACCAAAAAGAUACCAGGUCUGGAAAACCUGUUCAAUCUCACUCUCAGCUACAGACAUGAUGCUGAUAUUCCUGUACGGAUGCGCUUGAUGACCAGGAAGAAACCUAAUGAGGAGUUUGUGAUUCCCAAAAAGGACAAACUGGUUUGUUGGAUUGUGAGUAACAAUGAUCCCUCAACUGGUGUUGACACAAGGAAUGUUUUUUAUAGAGAAUUCAGGAAAUACAUACAAGUGACUUUGUUCGGAAAGGCCUAUGCAAGGUUCCUGAAUUAUAAUGAUUAUUAUCCAACCCUGGCCAGCUGUAAAUUUUACCUUGCCUUUGAAAACUCCAUCCACAAGGACUACAUCACUGAGAAGAUCAACGGGCCGCUCGCUGCGGGGACCGUCCCUGUGGUGUUGGGUCCUCCGAGAAGAAACUAUGAGAACUUUGUUCCCGCCGAGUCCUUCAUUCAUGUCGAUGACUUCCCAGACGCAAAGUCACUAGCCCAAUAUCUGCAUCAUCUGGACAAGAAUGAAGAUGCAUAUCGCAAGUACUUUAACUGGAGGAAACAUCUCACUCCAAGUCCUCAUUUAAUAUUACAGACACAAGAGUUUAUUCUGGCUAUCUGCACUGCUUGUGACUAUGUAGCACGAAACAGGGAAUAUAAAGAAGCUCAUGAUCUCUAUGAGUGGUACUUCAGUUAAUGUUACCUCAGGUUUUGGAGUUUGAUUCAAAUAGUGAAUUAUUUUACUCUACAAAUGUUUUUAAUAAUAACUUUUAUAUUUUUUUAUCACUUGUGUUUGUAUCUUUUCAUCUUCACAUCCCUUUUAAACCACUUUUGGAUCAUAAUCAGGAAGAAAUACAACUAUUGCAAAGACACAGACCACAAUACUAACGUGUCUGUCUAGCUUGUUAACAACACUAUUUUAUGCACUCGUAAAUGUAUUAAACACUUAGUUUACAUUGCAUUUAAUGUACAACAAUCAAACAACAAUAAUUUUUCUUUCGACAUGAAAAUUCACAUGUAAACGCUUUGGUCGCCGGGACAAAAGAGGGCGCCCGAACUCCGAGUCGAACAGGAAGACCGACGUUCAUGACGUGCGCAGCGUCUGUGACGUCACGUGCGUGAAACGUGUUUUCAAUUCUACAGCAGAGAUGUUCUAAUCUGUUAUAAACCAGGAAUGCAGUAUUAUUUUUAAUUCGUUUUUAAACUCAUCAGCUAUUUGAUUUAUAACUCUUCUUUAGGGUUUUAUUUUUUCAGCACGUCUUACGGUUUUAGUCGUUUAAAUGUAUUAAACGUGGUGGGACAUACGUAAUUUAAAG